CGUUUCCCUUUCCCUUACCUCAAACAGCAUUCCACCCACACCACAUCCCACUGCUGCUCCAUCCUUGUAAAAAUCUCAGCAGCUCGUUGAAACCAAACCCUCCCACCAAUAUUCCAGCUUCACUCCCUGGUUGAGCUCCUGCUGUGGUUAUCACUUGUUCCUGAAAUUCGACCGUGGAGCUGGUGGCGGAUUUUUCCUUGAAGAAUUUCUGCUGAGCUGCAUUCAUUUUUUCCUGUUCUACCUUCAGUCACAUUGAGUGCAGCUGACAGCAUCAGCCAUGGAUGAAACCUACGAUGUCAUCGUGCUGGGAACCGGCCUUAAGGAGUGCAUUCUGAGUGGCCUCCUUUCCGUCAACAAGUACAAGGUUCUCCACAUGGAUCGCAAUGACUACUACGGUGGCGAGUGCGCGUCCCUGAACCUCAAUCAGUUGUUUGCGAAGUUUAGGCCAGGAGAAACCCCGCCUGCCUCGCUCGGUGCGAGCCGAGACUACAAUGUCGACAUGACGCCCAAGUUCAUGAUGGCGAACGGCCUGCUGGUUCGUGUGCUCAUCCGCACGGACGUUACCAAGUACCUGCAGUUCAAGGCUGUCGACGGCAGCUAUGUCUUCAAGCAAGGCAGAGUGUACAAGGUUCCUGCCACUGACGUGGAGGCAGUGUCCUCGCCGCUGCUGGGAUUCUUCGAGAAGGGCCGCGCGCGCAAGUUCUUCAUCUUCGUGCAGGAGUAUGACCCCGCCAAGCCCAACACGCACCAGGGCUUGGACCUCACCACCGCCACCUCCAAGACCGUCCUAGAGAAGUUCGGGUUGGACCAGAACAGCAUUGAUUUCAUCGGCCAUGCGCUGGCCCUGUACGAGGACGAGUCCUUCAUGGCGAAACCUGGCACGGAACUGAUCGCGCGAUGCAAGCUCUAUGCCGAGUCGCUGGCCCGGUUUGGUGGCACCUCUCCCUACAUCUACCCACUUUACGGCCUGGGCGAGCUGCCCCAGGCGUUCGCACGGCUCUCUGCUGUGUACGGUGGGACGUACAUGCUUGCCAAGCCUGGGUGCAAGGUGGAGUAUGAUGAAAGUGGCAAGGUGUCCGGGGUGACGUCCGAUGGAGAGACUGCCAAGACAGCUAAAGUUGUCUGCGACCCGUCUUACCUUCCCGAUAAGGUGAAGGUUGUUGGCAAGGUGGUGCGCGCCAUCGCCAUCAUGAGCCACCCGAUUCCCAACACCUACGACUCACACUCGGUGCAGAUCAUCAUUCCGCAGAAGCAGAUCAACCGCAAGGCCGACAUGUAUGUCUUCUGCUGUUCCUACUCCCACUGCGUGGCAGCCAAGGGCAAAUUCAUUGCCUUCGUCUCCACCUCUGCUGAGACGAACGACCCCAAGACGGAGCUGAAGCCUGGAGUGGACCUGCUGGGCGCUGUGGACGAGAUCUUCUACGACAGCUACGACGUCUAUGAGCCCACCAACGACUGCACCACUGACAACUGCUUCAUCUCCAAGAGCUAUGAUCCCACUACCCACUUUGAGACGACAGUCAAGGACGUGCUGGACAUGUACGCCAAGAUCACUGGCAAGGAGCUCGAUCUGAGCCACGAGGACCUGAACGCGGCCUCAGCCACAGACGAGUAAUCGCUUUUCUUAUCCUCCGCGCCGCAUAGCAUCGGUUGUGGCCUGGCCUCCCCCCAUGUGGUUUUCUGCCCUUGCUGCCGUCCAGAUAUUAUACUAGCCUUUGUUUACCCGUCUGGUAUGGUGCUCGUGGUCUCUCCAUUGAGACUUCAUCUGUGUGGCUGGCUGGAACUGCUGAAAAAUGUGUAGUAAACAGCUUAGGGAGUCUGCUUUGGAACAGCACAACUUGCAGGAUUCAGGUGAUUUCUGAUUCUUGCUACUGUUUUGGGAUAGUUGCUGCAACAGUUAUGAGUUUUGCUCAAGUCCCAAUGUGAUGGUACGGUACUUACCCGAAGAAGCUUUGGAGACUUGUG